AUGUCUCCCCGGUUGAUGGGACUGCCCACGCGGCUGGCACAGUUUUCAGCCCGGCCAUUCCAACAGGCCUCCCCACUCGCCUUCCUCCUCCCACAAUCCCAGCAAACCCGCAACAAUUCUAUCCUAGCCUCCCUCUCCGACAACCCGACUGCCUACAACAAGCGCAUCCGUCGAGGCCGCGGUCCCGCUUCAGGCAAGGGUAAGACCUCCGGUCGUGGACACAAGGGUCAAGGCCAGCACGGCAAAGUCCCAGCAGGCUUCAAUGGUGGUCAGACCAAGGAUAUCGUCGUGCACGGCGAGCGCGGCGGCGUCAACAUCUUCUCCGUCGAAAUGGCAACCGUCAACCUCGACCGAAUCCAAUACUGGAUCGACCAAGGCCGCCUCAACCCCAAACAACCCAUCACAAUGAAAGAGCUCUACAAGAGCGGGUGCAUCAGCCGACCCAUCGACGGCCUCAAGAUCCUCGGCGACGGCGCCGAAUCCCUGAAACAACCACUCCACGUCGUUGCCUCGCGCGUCUCCGCCUCCGCUAUCGCCGCCAUCGAAUCCACCGGCGGCUCGGUGACUACCCGCUACUACACUCCGCAAUCCAUCCGCCGCAUCCUCGACGGCGAGACACAUACCUUCCUGUCGGCUGCGUGGGCGCGCGCUAGUGGCUCAGAGAAGCUCUACAAGGUCGCUGGGGUUCGCUCGCCGUUCUCUUGGAUGCAGUGGAGUACUGUGCUCAACCACCACCAGAUGAAGUACCGGCUGCCGGAUCCGACGAAGCGUAAGGAUAUUGAGUAUUAUCGUGAUCCUGCGCAUCGGGGAUAUCUUGCGCAUCUGCUUAAGCCGCUUGAGGGUCCUAGUUUGUUCUUCCGUUCUCCCGAGGAGAGAAAGUCGACUGCUGGUGUUAAGAAGGAGAAGGUUCUGCCUGCGAAUAGGCUUUGGUAG